AUGAACUGUUGCCUCGGUGUUAUCUUAGUGAAUAUUUUGCUUUGUUUUUGCCAGAAAUCAAAUCCUCCAGGUGCCGUUGGGACUAGCCUUGCUCUAGAGACGAUAAUCCAACACUCCUCUGUGGAUAUUAAACCUUUGAGAAAUGAUGUUAGCAUUAAUGUCCUUAUUUGUUCAAGAGGAGGAGGUGGUCUAUUGGAGGAGCGCAUGAAAUUAGUUGCUGAGCUAUGGGUGGAGAAUAUCAAGGCUGAGUUCGUCCCCACGUCGGAUCCUAGCCUUACGGAACAGUAUGAAUAUGCAAAUGAGCAUGAUAUUAAAUGUCUCGUCAUCAUUACUGACGCUGGUGUGUCUCAAAAAGGUUCAGUUAAGGUCCGUCAUCUUGAGCUCAAGAAGGAGAAAGAAAUUGAGAGAGAAAACCUUGUGAAGUUUCUAUUAGAGGCAACGGCAUCACAAUUUAGAAACCCAUCCAUAUGGUCCUAG